AUGGAACAGUUAGUUUCUUUACUUCAAAAAAAGUAACUUUAAAAAGAAGAGAGAUUAAAAUCUCUGAUUAAAAUAAUAGAUAAAAGAAUUGUUCAAAAAUUGUACAAUUUGAGAAAUUAAGCUUAUUUCAAAAUUAAAAACUUCAAAAUAGCUAAUCGAAACAAUAUCAAAUUACUUUCUGAAAAAGAUGAUGAAAAAAGUACAGUUUAAAUAAACACUUCAAAUACAAAUCAAUUUAGAGAAGCUUUAUAUUAAUUGCAAAAUUACAAUCUUGUGCAAUUAGAAAUAUUAAAAAAAGAAACUUUAUGCAGAAUGAUUUAGAUUUUGUAAAAAAGUAUAAAUCAUAAUUAUCGACAUCUACUAAUAAAACUUAUUAAUAAAAAAUCAAAAAAAAUAAUUCCAUUUUUGAAAGUUUUUGCUUACAGAUUCAAUUAUCAAUCAAGGUUUCUUAAAAUAUUACAAAAAUUUUAGAUAAACAGAGAAACUUAAUUAAAAAAAGAAAUGAAAAAAUAGGAAGCUAUUUCUAAAUUUGUGAUGGCUUUAGAAAAUAAAAAAUUACAUUGUUUUUGUUAUUGGAAAAGAAAAUUUGAAAUUAAUUAAAAUGAGUAAUCUUAAAAUGAUAUUAAAAAGUAAAAUGAAUUAAUAUAACUAACAUUUUAAGUUGUUGCCAUGGUAACUAAAUUAAAAUUUAAAGUUCUAUCUAAUGCUUUCAUAGAAUUAAAAAUAAAUAAACAAAAAAAUGCAUAAAAAAUAGUAAUUUUAUUUAAUUUUAAAAUCAUAUUAAAAAGGUUGAUGCUAAAAAACCUUUCUUUUUCCUAUUAUAAAAUUGUUUGUUAUAAUCGCAAUAAUUAGGGAUCACAAUGUGUAAAUGUCGACAUAAUAAAAAAUUUAGUAAUUUCAAUAUAAUAUAUAGUCUGUUAUUUCAAGCAAAUUAAAUUCAGCUUUGAAUCAAGCACAUCAGAAAUAUCUGAGAAAAAGAAGAAACUUGAUUAUUUACAAAUAUUUAUCUAAGAUUAAUAUGAAUGAAGAUUAAAUGACAAAUAAGUGUUUUACAAAAUGGAAAAGAAUUUUAAAUUAAUUUAAUUUUUAAAUGAGAAUAAAAAUUGUUUAAUAAAGUAAAGAACUUGAAGAAGAUCAAUAAUUAUUAGUUUAGUAAUACAAAUAACUAUCUGUUGAAAAUUCUGAAUUACAAUAAAAGUAUUAGUAAGUAUAAACAUAUUUUCAUACUCCAACUGAUUUGUCAGUAAAGAAAUCAGAAACUAAAUAAAAUUAAUAAAUAAUAUAAGGACAAUAAUAAGUAUUUUAAUUGUAGUCAUAACAAUAAGAGGCAUUUUGGGAUGAAGACUUAAUGUAAAACGAAGAUUAUUCUCCAGAGUUCGUAGAAAAUAUAGAAAAUUAAAAUGUUGAAUUAAAAUAUAAAAUUGAAGAAUAAUAAGCUAAACGUAAUAUGUAUCUUGAAGAAUUUUAAAGUAGAAAAUAAGUAAUAUUUUUAAAUUGAUAUUAUAGGAAUUAUUACAAUAAAUUGCUCUAAAGAAAUAAAUAUAAAAAAUUAAAUGA